ACCUGGAGGAUAACGCGUAAAAAAACCCCACACCUGGAUUAUAAUCCACCCGGAUGAUCCCGACCGGCCCACAAAUGCGCAACAGCAGAUGACGGCGAGGAGAUCCAGCCCCCCGGUACCACAGGAGUGAUCAAGCGAGGGCUGAGGAGCUUCCUCGCCUUCCCCCCUUCGACUACCGCUUCCAAUCGGCGCCCGGUUCCUCAACAAGCGAAGAUCCAAAACGGUUCCAGGAACGUUGAAAGUGUUUCCCCCGGAGCGGACGCAGCGCCGCCCUCCCAGGCCGAGGUGAUGGGAAGCGUGCGAGCCAGUCGCUACAGCAUCGUGUCGUCCGAGGAGAACGCCAUGAAGCUCGCCAGUAUGGCCGUCCCCAACGGCUACGGCAACGCCAAGGCCAAGGUGCAGACGCGGCAGCAGCCGCAGAGCCGCUUCGUCAAGAAGGACGGCCACUGCAACGUGCAGUUCGUCAACGUGAGCGAGAAGAGCCAGCGCUACCUGGCCGACAUCUUCACCACUUGCGUGGACAUCCGCUGGCGCUGGAUGUUCGUGGUCUUCUGCCUGGCCUUCCUGCUGUCCUGGCUCUUCUUCGGCUGCGUCUUCUGGCUGGUGGCCAUCUGCCACGGCGACCUGGACAGCGGCCAGCAGAAGUGCGUGUCCAACGUGGGCAGCUUCACCGCCGCCUUCCUCUUCUCGGUGGAGACGCAGACGACCAUCGGCUACGGCUACCGCUACGUGACGGACGAGUGCCCCGUGGCCGUGUUCGUGGUGGUGUUCCAGAGCAUCGUGGGCUGCAUCAUCGACGCCUUCAUCAUUGGCGCCGUCAUGGCCAAGAUGGCCAAGCCCAAGAAGCGCAACGAGACGCUGGUGUUCAGCCACAACGCCACGGUGGCGCUGCGGGACAGCAAGCUCUGCCUGAUGUGGCGCGUGGGGAACCUGCGCAAGAGCCACCUGGUGGAGGCGCACGUCCGAGCGCAACUGCUCAAGUCGCGCACCACGGCGGAGGGCGAGUACAUACCGCUGGACCAGAUGGACAUCGACGUCGGCUUCGAUAGCGGCGUCGACCGCAUCUUCCUGGUGUCGCCCAUCACCAUCGUGCACGAGAUCGACGAGGAGAGCCCCUUCUACGACAUGAGCAAGCAGGACCUGGAGGGCUCGGAGUUCGAGAUCGUGGUGAUCCUGGAGGGCAUGGUGGAGGCCACGGCCAUGACCACGCAGUGCCGCAGCUCCUACGUGGCGGGCGAGGUGCUGUGGGGCCACCGCUUCGAGCCGGUGCUCUUCGAGGAGAAGAGCUACUACAAGGUGGACUACUCGCGCUUCCACAAGACGUACGAGGUGGCGAGCACGCCGCUGUGCAGCGCCCGCGACCUCGCCGAGAAGAAGUACAUCCUGGCCAACUCCAACUCCUUCUGCUACGAGAACGAGGUGGCGCUGGAGAGCAAGGAGGACACGGACGAGGGAAACGGCGGCAGCGUGGGGCCCGACGGCACGCAGACCGACAACCUCUCCGAGUCGGAGCACAGCCAGGCCGCGGUGCCGCCGGACCCCCGGCCGCUGAGGCGAGAGUCGGAGAUAUGAGAAGGGCUUUUCGCCCUCUAUGAGAGGGGCUUUUCGCCCUCUCGAAUGGUACGACGAGGCGUUUUAACGGUACUGCUGUGGAUCGCAGCCAAAGGCUUGAAACUCCGUCUUAACUCUGGACUACAAACAGACACGGCACUACGAAGCGUGAACAAGUCUCUCCGCAAUGUCCCCAACGUCUUGCCAGGUGACUUGAAAACUGAAGAUUUCACUUCGUUGUCAACCAAAGUUGCACAAAACAAAAUAAAGACACAACUUUUUUGCAGUUGGCAGACGUGAAAAAGGGGGCGAGAAGGUACAGCGUAUUUGUUGGUGAGCUGGUUCUCACGGCAAGCAUAACGGGAUUUUUUUACGGAUGCAAUAAAGAAAAGACGAGUCCAACCAGCGGUGGAGACCUUUUUACUUUGACACGACCGCACUGAAACUUUAGCCGUCGCUCCGAUCGAUGGAGGUGAUCGGGUUCGGAAGGAACCAGGUCUACGAUCGGCGGCGGCGACCGCAUCAACACGGCAAAAAAAAAAAAAAACGAUGGUUAAUUUAAAACGUGGUGGGGUAGUACGAGAAUCUGAAUGUUCUGAAAAGUGCUGCUAUGAUGUUGCUUGUUUUUAUAACGACCGAUUAAAGAGAAAUCCAGAGUAUUAUCUUCAUCAUCUCACAUAUUUAUGUAUAUACGGAAGAGUAUUAGGGCCAGGCAAGAGAAAAAAAAUUUGAGAAUGGAAGAUUUUUUUUUAUUGUGCACUUCGAGAAAAAAG